UUGUUGACUGAUUAUCGGAAUUAAAGAUAGAGAAUUAGAGAAUAGAAAUACAGAAAUUAUUUAAAACGCUGAAGGGUGUCAAGUGAAAUAUUUAAUCCGGAAAAAAUAUUUAUACGUUUAGAGAAAAAACCACACGAUUGCAUGUCACUACUUUCGAAUAAUAUGUGAUCACAAAUUGAAGCAGUUAUGCAAAUAAGAGUGACUCAACUAUAACAAUUUUAAUUAGGAAUCCUCAAUGCCCAUAUGUACACACCUGAGUGACGUAAUUUUAUAAGAAUGAUGUAAAAGUUGUAUGAAAUAAUUUAUUUUCACCAAGUAAAAGCUGUAAACAAGACAUGGAAGUUGAAGGGAUUUACUUAUACAAGUUUGCAUUUGAUUAAAUUCAAAGUUAAUGUGGUUUAAGUUGAAAAAUAUUAACUUAAAAAAAUAAUGGAUGAUUACAAAUUCCUUUUUAAAGUAGUUUUAGUUGGUAAUGCGGGUGUAGGGAAGACGUGCCUUGUCAGACGUUUUACACAAGGUUUAUUUCCUCCGGGUCAAGGAGCAACCAUUGGUGUCGAUUUCAUGAUAAAAACGGUGGAAGUAGGAAACGAAAAAAUAAAAUUACAGAUAUGGGAUACGGCAGGACAAGAACGAUUUAGAUCCAUCACUCAAAGUUACUAUAGAUCUGCUCAUGCCCUUAUAUUAGUUUACGAUAUUUCUUGCCAGCCUACAUUUGAUUGUUUGCCAGAUUGGUUGCGUGAAAUUGAGGAAUAUGCUAGUAGUAAAGUGUUACGAGUACUAGUUGGUAAUAAAAUUGAUAGAGAAGAUAGAGAAAUACCUGCCCAUGUCGGUGAAGAAUUUGCCGAAAGACAUAAUAUGUAUUACUUGGAAACUUCUGCUAAAGAGUCGGAUAAUGUUGAAAAACUGUUUAUGCAAAUAGCUGAAGAUCUGAUGAAGCAAGCACGGAAUAGAGAUCUUCCAAGAUAUGAUGCAAAUACGCAAAAUAUUAAUGGAAGGACCUCGGUUAUUAAUGACUCCAGCUGUUGCAGUAAACUGCAAUAAUAUAUUAUGUUACAGGUACUUUUUUGUGAGUCUUGCAUAAAAAUUAUGUUUGGAACUAUCCAAAGGGUAUUUGAAAAGAGAAAGUUUCAUCUUUAUUGAUAAAUGUUUUCAAAAUUUUUCUUGUCUUACAUGGAAAUAUAACAGGUAGUAAAAUUACAGAAAAACAAGUGUAUGUGAUUAAAUGAUAGUUGUGGUGCAGUAUGAAAUUUAAAUUUUUUAUAAAUG